AUGGAUUCUUCUUAUCAUUUUUUACCUCAAGUGGGUCUCCAUAUAUGAACAUGUCGUAAAAUUCAAACUGUUGCAAUUCACAAUGAAACUACAUUAAUAAUUAUGAAUAUAUUUCAUUUCACAAAAUAAUAACUUAUUAAAUGUGUUGAGACCAAGGAAAAGGUAAAAUUAUGUCGUUUACGACAUGCCGUAGUCGGCGCGAAUAACAACAAAAACAAAUGGAGAGGGGGAGGCCGAGAUUGAGGGGUCGUUUUGUGUCAAAACGACGGGAACGCAAAUACGACUCCAUAAAAAAGGGGAUUCGACAGAGAUGGGAGAACACAAAAAUAGCCGAGACACAUAGCUAUUCUAAAAUCGCUUCCACCAAUGAAACAAUUGAGUCAGACGACUGUCACUCCGUUGACAAUGUCCCAGUAGAUCUCGAAGAGGUUGAGAUUGUUUACACUGAAAAUGUAAUAGACUCCCCUCGUCUUGAAAAGGACUGGAGAUGUGGCCGUAGGUUGAUUGAGCUUGGGGUACUUGCUGAUGGCUUGUCUGCCUGCAAGAAAUGUGGCUUACCCUUACAACUUUCCCACUGCCAAGGAAUAACAAACUUUGGUCUUUCAGCUAUGCUUAAAAUACCUUGCAUGAAUUCUGCUUGCAAAAUGAUCAACAAUGUUUCAACAGGAAAAAGGCAUAAUAAAAUUUGGGAUGCCAAUACAAAGUUAGCAGCAGCUGUACAACACACUGGGAUAGGCUUUGACCAGAUAAGUGGAAUACUGGCUGAGCUAAACAUGCCACCCAUCAGCAGAACACUACUUAGCAGCAGACAAGUAGAGAUUGGAAAAGCUACAGAAUGUAUUGCUUCCUUAUCGAUGCAAGAAGCUCUAGAAGAAGAAGUUAUGGCAACAAACAUAAAGAAACAGUCAUCCAGCAUAAGUGUCAGUGUAGAUGGGGCUUGGCAAAAACGCGGAAGUGGCCGGUCAUAUGAUAGCCUUACAGGCCAUUGCUCAAUGAUGGGUGUAGAAACAGGGAAAGUCAUCGAUUACAGUGUCCGUAGUAAAACAUGCAAGAUUUGUGAGAAUGCGGAAAGGAAAAAUACACCACCUGCUCCACAUGAAUGUACAAGAAAUUGGACAGGAAGUUCAAAGUCCAUGGAGCCUGAUAUGAUAGUGGAGAUGGUAGGAAGGACACUGCAGAAAGGAGUAAGGAUGGAAGGUCUGGUUGGGGAUGAUGACACAACUGCUAUUACGCGAAUCAACAAAGAAUUAGAUGCAAAUAUCCAGAAACAGUCCGACAAGAACCAUGUAAAAAAGAACAUUGCAAAUUCCCUGUACAAUCUUCAAAAAACGCAUAAAAGUCUCUCCACUAAAAUCAUAAGAUACAUUCAGAAGUGCUUCAACUAUAUGGUUUCUCAGAACCAGGGUAGCCCAAGUGGAAUUGAAAAAGGCCUGACUGCUUUGUCCUUUCAUCCCUUUGAUAAUCACAAAGAAUGUGAUCAACUUUGGUGUCACCAUAAAAGAGACCCAGCCAGAAAGUUUACAUCCCUUCCUUAUGGUCGACCAUUGGAGAAUAAAGCUCUGCAGCAAGACCUGGAAGGCAUUUUUAACAAGUUAAAGAAGCAUUCACAGAAAUUAGCCAAUCUUGGAAGCACGCAACCAAACGAAAGUUUUAAUAAAACUGUGGCAUCCAAAGCUCCAAAAAAUCGCCUCUUCAGCAGAACAAUAACCUACAGAGUAGCAGCAAGUGUGGCACAAAAAAAUAUUGGUCAAGGCUAUCUGGUGCAGGUCAACAAGAAGAUUGGCAUUUCCCCGGGAACUUAUACAAGGAGGCUAGCUGCUCUCAAAGACAGAAUAAAUAGACGGAAAAAAGCCAUGUCGAUCACCAAAGAAGCAAAAAGAAAAAGACUGCACCUGAAAGCAGAGAGAAAGCAAAUGACAGCAGCAAGGGAGAUUAGAGAGGGUCCUACCUAUUGCUCGGAAAUUGCCUUGCAGACCCCUACUGGUAUUGGUGAAAUACCACCACCUUUGAGUAAACCGUCCUUUCAGCCAAUUGAAAAUUUAGGCAUUUACCAGCACGUCUACUUUGACCUUGAAACAACAGGGCUAGCCAGAAGCUCACACAUCACACAGAUUGCUGCUGUGUGUGGAUCAGACAGAUUUUCCCAGUACAUUUUACCAAAGAUCCCAAUCACAGACAAAGCUACUGAAGUCACUGGAUUAAGAGUUAUGGAUGGGAAAAUGUUUCAUGGCGAUAAAGUAGUGGAUGCUGUACACUUGGUGGCUGCUAUUGAUGCACUUUUGAAUUUCUUCACAAAAUUCCAGUCAAAAGUUGUUUUAGUUGGACAUAAUGUCAAGUCUUUUGACUGCCAUAUUUUUCUGAACUCUCUGCAAAAUUGUGGUAAAACACAGGAAAUUGGUAACUGUGUUGCAGGGUUUGUUGACACAAAACAGUUGUUCAAAGUUUUUGAUUCAAAAGUUGGAUCAUUUUCCUUAGAAAAUUUGUACAAACGCUAUGUGUGCGAACCUUACAAGGCUCAUGAUGCACUAGAGGAUGUUUUAGCGUUACAAAAACUAGUGACCUCUGUAGGUGUGGAUUUGACUGAUCCAAAGUAUUUGUCUUCUUCAUUCACAUUUUCAAAUGCAGUUGAUAGCCACUCUUAUAGUUUAGAAGUACGCAAGAACUUGCCCUCCUUAGAACAUUUGAUUUCAGAAAAGAUAGUUAGUAGACACAUUGCUAACAGGAUUGCAGGGAGUGGACUUUGUUUUAGUUUUUUACAACUUGUUUAUAACAGAGAUAGCAAAGAUGGAAUAUACAAUCUCUUUUCUGAAAAUGUGAAAAAAGCUCCACGUGUUACAAAGUCUUUAAAGAUAUGUUCAUCUUUAAACAAAUAUUUUUCAUCAAGUUGUGAAAGUUAAGAUUCUAGACUAGUGUUUUGAGUGUACAUGUACUGCAUGGUUAAUAGUAUAGUUACAUGUAGCAUUUGUUUAGCAUUUUUUACACUGAUAACCAAAUUAGCCAAAUUUCAUUUUUAACUUGAAAAUAUAAUUUCAUUCUACAUUUUGAGAUUUGUGAUCAAUAUAUAGUUACAUGUAUAUGUACAGCUAAGCUAGAUGCUAUAUAUUAAUACAUUUAGUAUUUUUAGCAUUUUUUACACUGAUAUCUGUUAAUCACAUCAGCCCAAAUUUCAUUGUAAACAGGUAGAUAUAAUUUAAUUCAUUGUACAUUUUGAGAUUUGUGAUCAAUAUAUAUUUUAAGUACAGCUAAGAUGCCAUAUAUAAAUUGUAUUUUUAGCGUUUUUUACACUGAUAUCUGCCAACCAUACCAGCCAACUGGAAGAUAACAUUUUCUUGGUACAUUUUUGAGAUUUGUGACCAAUUUUAUAGUUAUACUAUCAAUUAUUACAGUGUAUAUCAUAAUUAAUUAAUAUUAAUUAAAUGUACAUGUACAUACAUUUUUAAAAUUUCAUAAUACAGCUUCAUUUUGUGGCUUUGUUUUUCAAUGUAACAUUAUUAGAUUCAGGAAAAAUAUGUAACUUUUUUAAAAUCAAUUAAUCUUAUAAAUUUUGUAUCAGAGGAAAUUCGGAC